GAACCAUUCGAAGUGUCCCUCUUCACCGCAAUGGAUAUCCGCUCAUAUUUUGGAGGAAAGUCCUCUGAUCCACCAUCAGCGAAGAAGACUGUGAGUAAGCCUGCAGCAAAGAGCUCGGCAAAGAAGACUGAGGAGAAGGGCAAGGGACGGAAGAAGAGAGUUAUUGAAUCGGACGAGGAAGAGGAAGAAGAGCCGUCACCAAAACCCGUCGCCAAACCUACUCCAAAACCCCAAAAGGCCGAGCCUGAGCUCAAAGCGACAGAUGCCUCGGCAUACUUCGGCUCCAACAAGAUCUCAAAAACAGCCCCAGCUCGUAAGACUAAGCCAGCGGCACCGAAGAAGGCUGUAAAAGACGAGGACGACUUUGAUGACAACAUGUUUGACGACGACAAUCUGAUACGUGAGUUGGAAGAGGAGGAGGAGCGAAGUCAGAGAGAGGCUAGCCAAAAGGCCGCCAGUCAAUCGCAACCUAAGGUCGAGUCGAAGAAGGAGGUCAUCGACUUGGAAGACGACGCGUUUGAGGACGAAGUCGUUUCAAAGCCAAAGAAACGAGCUCCGCCCAAGGAGAUCUUGGAGAUCAAGGAUGAUGACGAGGAUGAGGACAUGGAAGAUGUGAAGCCACCCCCUAAGAAAACCGCAGCCAAGCGUAAGGCGCCUGAGCCCGAGUCGGAUGAGGAGCCUAAGAAGAAGGCAGCUCCUGCAAAGAAGCCACGUACUACUACGAAGAAGGCAGAGCUGGCGGGCGCAGAGCAAUCGGCAGAGGUUCAAGCUAUCCUUGAUUCGAUUCCAUUAACGAAUGCUCCUCCACCACCGGACAGGCCGGCUGACCAGAAGUUCAACUACCAUGCCUUCGCUGCCAGCAAACCCGCCGACGCACCGACCGGUACGACCGAACUCCCCGUUGGUGCGCCAAACUGUCUCGCAGGUCUAUCCUUCUGCUUUACUGGCAUUCUGACAACACUUCCCCGCGAAGAGGGUCAAGAACUUGUCAAGCGUCACGGAGGCAAGGUCGUUACUGCUCCAUCCAGUAAGACUUCCUACGUCGUUCUUGGUGAGAAUGCUGGACCUAAGAAGUUGGAGACCAUUGCGAAGAAUAAGAUCAAGACUAUCGACGAAUAUGGUCUGUUCGAGUUGAUCAAACGACUGCCUGCAAACGGAGGUUCUGGCAAGGCAGCUCAGGAUCACGCGGCCAAGAUGGCAAAGGAAGAGGCAAAGGUCAAGGAGAUUGCUAAGGAGAUGGAGCAACAGGAGAAGGCAAGAAAAGAGGCCGCAGCGGUCAAGUCUGACUCUGCUGGUGAGGCUUCCCCUACUGAAACCACCGACCUGUGGACGACAAAGUACGCACCUACAGCGAUGAAGGACAUUUGCGGAAACAAGGGACACGUGGAUAAGUUACAGAAGUGGUUGCAUGACUGGCAGAAGUACGAGAAGGCAGGAUUCAAGAAGGGUGGUCCAGACGGAUUGGGUUUGUUCCGCUCUGUCAUCAUGUCUGGUCCUCCUGGUAUCGGAAAGACUACCGCAGCGCACUUGGCCGCAAAGCUCGAGGGAUACGACGUUUUGGAGUACAACGCUUCUGACACUCGUUCCCAGAAGCUUAUGCGUGAGGCUUUAGCAGGCGUCAUGGACAACACGUCUCUUUACGGAUACUUCGCCGGUGACGGCAAAGCUGUUCAGAAGGACAAGGGCCGUCUCGUGCUCAUCAUGGAUGAGAUUGAUGGUAUGAGUGGUGGUGACCGUGGUGGUGUUGGGCAGUUGAAGCUCUUGAUGAAGAGUACCAAGAUUCCCAUUAUCUGUAUUUGCAAUGACCGGAAACACCAGAAACUCAAGCCUCUUGACAACACCUCUUUCGAGAUGCCCUUCCGGAAACCUGAUGUCAAUGCCCUGAGGUCGAGGAUUAUGAGUAUCGCUUUCCGUGAGGGAUUGAAAAUCUCUCCACAAGUCGUGGAACAACUCGUCGCGGGCACCAAUGGUGACAUGCGUCAAAUCAUUAACUUGAUGUCAACCUGGCGCCUCAGCAAGACCAACGUCGACUUCGACAGCGCCCAAUCCUCCGUCAAGAGUGCCGAGAAGCACAUCGUCCUCAAACCCUGGGACAUCGUUGGCAAACUUCUGAGCGGUGGUAUGUUCCACCAAUCCUCCACCGCAAGACUCAACGACAAGAUGGAACUCUAUUUCAACGACUUCGAGUUCACACCUCUCAUGAUGCAGGAAAACUACCUCAAAACCACGCCGGACGCAGCACGGAAAGAGACGGACCAACGCAUGCAAAAACUCAAACACCUCGAACUCGUCGAGAAAGCCGCAUCCUCGAUCUCCGACGGUGACUUGUGCGACGCGAUGAUUCACGGUCCACAACAACAAUGGUCACUCCUCCCCGCCCAUGCAAUCUUCUCCUCCGUCCGCCCCGCAUCCUUCGUCGCAGGCUCACGCGCAGAAAUGGGGAAGUCGUCCUAUAACCCAAUGGCAGGCGGUUUCGGGGGUGGAUACUCCUUCACUGCCUGGCUUGGCAACAACUCCAAACAAGGCAAACUGCAGCGUUACCUCCGCGACAUCCAAGCACACAUGCGUCUCCGAACCUCAGGCGACAGAAACGAAAUUCGACAAUCGUACCUUCCCGUCUUGUUCGACCGUCUGCCUGUUCAGCUUGCUAAGAAUGGCGUGGAUGCGAUUGGGGAUGUGAUUCAGCUCAUGGAUGAGUAUUUCUUGAAUAAGGAGCAUUAUGACGAGAUUUUGGAGUUGAGCUUGCCGCCGAAUGAUGGUGAUGCGAUUCUCAAAGAGAUUCCGGCUGCGACUAAAUCGAAGUUCACGCGGGAGUACAACUCCGGCUCACACCCCAUCCCCUUCCACAAGAUUACCUCGACUGUCGGGGCUGGCAAAGUUGGUGGCGGUGGUGGGAAAGCAGAAGCUGAUUCUUUGGAUGUCAUUGAUGAGGAAGCUGAUGAUGCGCCGGUUGUCGAGGAUGAAGUUGCGGAGGAUGAUGACGAUGAUCUGAGUAAGGAUUCAUUGGUUAAGGCGAAGCCCGCUGGGAAAGGGAAGAAGGCCGCUGCGCCGAAGAAGGCAGCGGCUAAGAAGGAGCCGGCCACGAAGAAAGCUCCGGCGAAGAAGGCUGCGAAGAAAUAGUCAUAGAAGGUAGGAAAGGUGGGGUCUUUGGGAUAUCAGUUUUGGCGUAGG